AUGCCACUAAACCCAAUUUCUGAAGUUGAGAUCUUUGAUGUAUGGGGAAUAGACUUCAUGGGACCUUUCAAGCCUGAUUCAAACGGGCACAACUACAUUUUGGUGCUGUGGACUAUGUCCAAAUGGAUUGAAGCCAUUCCCUGCCCAGCCUGUGAUGCCAAGGUUGUUAUCAAGCUUUUCAGAACCAUCAUCUUUCCAAGAUAUGGCAUCCCAAGGGUUGUUAUCUCGGAUGGAGGUUCCCAUUUCAUCAACAAGGUGUUUGAGAAGUUGAUGAAGAACUAUGGAGUCAAGCACAAGGUGCCACGCCCUACCAUCCUCAAACCAGUGGGCAAGUUGAGCUUGCCACUUGCCUGUGGAGGUGAAUACAAGGCGUUAUGGGCAGUAAAGAUGCUCAACUUUGAUAUAAAGGCAGCACAAGAGAAAAGAGUCAUGAACUUGCACGAGUUGGAGGAAAUCAGAAUGAAUGCCUAUGAGAACUCCAAGAUCUAUAAAGAGGAACCAAGGCAGCCCAUGCAAACUGAUUCGCCUUAA